AUGGCGGAGUUGACUUGCCAAAACCAAGAGUUAAGAAUGGAGAUCAAUCAAAGAAGACAGACACGUGAGGAACGUGAAGGAGGAGGACAAACACAGGGUCAUGGUGAUAGAGAAAAUACUGAAAUUGGAAGUCAGUUAAGAGGCACCACUUCACGGACAGUACCACACUUGAAAGAAGAGAUGGACCAAAUGAAGAAAGUCAUGGAGGAAAUGAAAAAGAACAUGAAGAGGACGAAUCCUAUAGAAGAUUUGGUCUACAGAACUGACUCUCCCUUUACGGCUUCCAGCAAUGGUCAUCCUCUACCAUCAAAGUUCAAGUUGCCUUCUCUAGAUUCAUUUGAUGGAAUGCGUGACCCAUCUGAUCACAUUGCUACUUUCAAGACAACGAUGCACCUUAAAGGGGUCCCUGAUGAAAUCAUGUGUAGAGCUUUCCCUACCACCGUUAAAGGUCUAGCACGAGUCUGGUUCAGCAAAAUACCCCCAAGUUCUGUAGGUUAUUUCAAAGAGUUGAGCAAGUUGUUUGUUAACAAUUUCCUUGGGGGACAGAGACACAAGCGUUCCUCGUCCAGCUUGUUGACCAUAGAGCAAGGGGAGAAUAAGAGCCUGCGGUCAUUCAUCACUCGCUUCAACAGAGAAGCCCUUAUUGUGGACGAGGUAGACGACAAGCUUCUAUUGGCGGCCUUCCAUAAUGGGAUUAAUUCUAAUCUAUUUAUCUACAAGCUAUAUGAGAAGGAGCCUCAAACCAUGGCUGAGCUCGUCCAUUCGGCUCAGAACUUUAUGGAUGUAGAAGAUGCGAUCAUAGCCAAAAAGAGGAAAAUAGCUAAAAGGAUGGAAGCGCACCCGGCACGCCACUCAGAACAAGGCCCUCUUCUAAAGAAGGGACGAACAGAAGAUAAGAAGGAACGAGAUAAUAGGAAGACGAGUCCCUUGGGAAGAAGACAGAACUACACGCUCCUAAACGCUCCACUUGAUCAUGUGCUCAUGCAAAUCAAAGAUGACCCUUCUCUAAAAUGGCCAAAGAAGAUGAAAGGAGAUCCCAAUAAGCGAAAUAAGAGUAAAUAUUGUCGCUUUCAUAGGGACCAUAGACAUGACAUGGAUGAAUGUUAUGACUUGAAGCAGCAAAUUUAG